CCUAGGGUUUUAACAAGGGUUUCACCUCAAACUUUCAGUUCAUAUUUCUGCAAAAACAUUAUUUGAUCCAAAAUCACACCAUGAAAAGAGCUUCAUCAAAGCUUAUACACUCUCACUUUCAUAACAAUCACCUCAAAAAAUCAUCAUCAUCAAUCUCUAUUUUCUCCAAAGAUUUUCAUCACUUUUCAUCACUUCCAUCCACUAAUCAACAAAAUAACAAACACCCAUCAAAUGCCCACCUCAAAUCUUGCAUAAAAAUCCAACCUCUAUUAUUUUCAAGCCAUUUUCAUGAAACCCCAUCAAAAGCCCACCUCAAAUUAGGCUUAAAAAUUCAAUCUUUAUUGUUUACAAGACAUUUUAGCCAAUUUCUUGAAACCCCAUCAAAAUUCCAUGUCAAAUCAUGCAUAAAAAUGAAAACUUUAUUGUUUUCAAGAAAGUUAAGCCAUUUUCUUGAAACCCCAUGUCAUAAGUUUACUACCUUGGUUGACCCACAAAAGCCCUCUUCAAGACAAAGAAAAACCAAAGAAAGGUCAGAAAUUUUCGACGAAUUUGAGGCUGCAAAAAGUUCUGAAGAAAUGGUGAAAGCAUUUGAGAAAAUGCAGACUGUUUUUGAUGAAAAUGAACUUGGUUUAGCUUGUUUGAAAAUUGGCCUAAAACUCGACGAAGAAGGUGAGUACCCUGAAAAAGUUAUUGAGUAUGCUAAUCGAGCUUUGAAAAUAUUCGAUGAAAAUGAUAAUGACAAUGAUGAUAAUGAUAAUGAUAUGUCUUUACCUCUUGCUAUGAAUUUACAACUGUUGGGAUCUGCUUGUUAUAGUUUGAAUAAGUUUAAUGAAAGUUUAGGAUAUCUUAAUAGAGCUAAUCGGAUAUUAGGAAAGUUAGAGGAAACGAUGGAUAGUAAUGAUGGAUUUGAAAUUAAACAUGUGUUACAUGCUGUUCAUCUUAAUUUAGCAAAUACAAAGAAUGCAAUGGGUAGGAGAGAAGAUGCUAUUGGUAAUUUGAAAAAAUGUUUAGAGAUUAAGGAAAUGACGUUGGAGGGGAAUAGUAGAGAGCUUGGGAAUGCGUAUAGGGAUAUGGCGGAAGCGUAUGUUGCACUUUUGAGUUUUAGUGAAGCGUUACCGUAUUGUGAGAAGGCUAUGGAAAUACAUAAGGUACAUUUAGGGAGUAAUUCGGUGGAGGUGGCUCACAAUAGACGUUUGUUGGGGGUUAUAUACACGGGAUUAGAAGAGCAUCAAAAGGCGUUGGAAGAAAAUCAGUUGUCACAAAGAGUUUUGAAGAAUUGGGGUCUUAAUUCUGACUUGCUUAGAGCUGAGAUUGAUGCAGCCAAUAUGCAAAUUGCCUUAGGGAAGUUUGAUGAGGCUAUUAAUACUCUGAAAAGUGUAGUUCUUCAAACUGAUAAAGAAAGUGAAGACCGAGCUUUAAUUUUUGUAUCUAUGGCAAAAGCGUUGUGUAAUCAAGAAAAAUUCCCAGAAGGUAAACGGUGCUUACAGAUGGCAUGUGGGAUAUUGGACAAGAAAGAAAAGUCUUCACCUCUAGCGGUUGCUGAGGCAUAUAUGGAAAUAUCAAUGCAAUAUGAAACAAUGAACGAAUUUGAGACUGCAAUUUCUUUGUUAAAGAAAGCCCAAAGUAUGCUUGAAAAGAUACCACAAGAACAACAUUCAGUGGGCAGUGCUUCUGCUAGAAUCGGGUGGUUACUUUUGUUGACAGGUAAGGUACAAGAAUCAAUACCUUAUUUGGAAGAUGCAACUGAAAGGUUGAAAGAAAAUUUUGGUUCCAAACAUUUUGGAGUCGGGUAUGUUUAUAAUAAUUUAGGGGCAGCAUAUUUAGAACUAGAUAGACCUCAAUCUGCAGCACAAGUUUUUGCAUUGGCGAAGGAUAUUAUGGACACUUCACUCGGGCCUCACCACGUAGAUUCAAUUGAGGCUUGUCAAAAUCUUUCAAAAGCAUAUAGCGCAAUGGGAAGCUAUGGACUUGCAAUUAACUUCCAAGAAAAGGCGAUUGAUGCUUGGAGAGGGCAUGGACCAAGUGCAAAUGAUGAACUCAGAGAAGCUCAAAGAGUCCUUGUGGAGUUAAAGGUGAAAGCUUCUUGUGAACCCAAAGAUAAGAAGACGUUGCCUGAGCAUCAUGGUAGAAAAAGAAGUUCAAAAUCAAUUACAUAGAUAUUAUUAGACGAAGCAUGUGGAAGAAUAUCGACUUUGCUUUUCCUUUGGUGAGCUUAUCAACCUCCGUUGCUCUAUUCAUAUAAGCGUCGGCAGGAUCAUUAGUUUUUUGCUUAUGGGCUCUGGUAAAGAUGAUCUGAUUUACGAAUUCUGAUUAAUAAUUUAUAAAGGUGAAUAUAUCCAGGCUUGUGUUUAGACUUGUUUUCAAGAAUUAUAUAUUAUUCCCGUGGUUUCAAUGGGUUCAUUCUUAA